GCGUCCGUAAGAUCAGGAGCUAAGAUGACUUUCUACGAUGACAUUUACCCAUUCUACCCUCUACAAAGGACCUCCUUCAUCUUCAGUGGCGGCUUGCUCACCAUUAUUCUGGUCUUCCUUGUGCUAGCAGUCAGUCUUCUUCUCAUUCUGCCAGGGAUACGAGGGAAGUCGAGGCUGUUCUGGAUGUUUAGAAUAAUUAUCAGCUUGUUCAUAGGUGUGGUGAUAGUGGCGCUGAACUUUACUAACGACUGGGCUGAGGCCAGAAUGACCACUAAUACCACCUACAAGUCUUUCAGCAAUGCAGUGGUUAACGCCGAGAUCGGUUUGCAUGUCGGACUGUAUGGCAUUAAUGUCACACUAAAGGGGAAACCUGUCGUACAGUUAAAUGAGACUAUUGACUACAAUGAGAUGUUCAGCUGGCAUGACACUAUUGAAGAAGAGUAUGAGGAAGCUCUGGAGAAAGGUUUACCCAACCCCAUCCUUUACAUCGCUGAGAAAUUCACCAUGAGCAGCCCAUGUGGACUCAUCUUUCAGUACAGAUACUCUGGACGAUACGCCUCUGCAACCCUCUGGACGGCGUUUUGCUGCUGGUUGCUCGCCAAUAUCCUCUUCUCCAUGCCGGUCAUUCUGUACGCCGGCUACAUGUUGCUGGCCACCGCUGCCUUUAUCUUCUUCUCUAUGGCCUCCUUCUCCACCAUCAUGAACGUGCCACAGUGUGUUUUCUCCAUUGGAACGGACUCCUUUGAAACCCAGUACAGCCAUUCAUUCUGGCUGGCUCUGGCUACAGGUGUGCUGUGUACCAUCAUUGGGAUUCUGGUGGUGAUGUUUAACUUUAUGAUGCCAGAGAAGAUGAAAGAGGCUUUCAGUGUUGGUGUCGACAGUUAUGAAGAUGAGGACGUUUCUUACGGGGAGGGCUACCUGAAUACAGUAUUCCUUGAUGGAGUGACAAUUUCACCACUGACAUCAACAGUCAAGGCGGAACAUAUAUGA